UACGGAAAAGAACAUAUUUAAAUACGUACUCCAGCAAUCCAGCCAGCAAUAUAAAAAUAGAAGGCCAAAGGAGAACAGCCAUAUAACUCGAUCAAAACAAUGGUGCAACCAAAAACUCUGCUCAUUUCCUUUCUCUUCUUAUCUUUGCUCGUUUUUAUUGAAAGUAAACAUGAUAAUCAUGAAGUUAAAGAAGAAGAAGAAGAAAUAGUACUGAAAAGAUCGAUGUUCCCUAAUGAUUUUAUUUUCGGGGUCGCCACUUCAGCUUACCAGGUUGAAGGAGCUUAUCUAGAAGAUGGAAAGGGUCUCAGUAAUUGGGAUGUUUUCACUCAUGUUCCUGGGAACACCGAGGGAGGGGAAAAUGGAGAUGUUGCUGAUGAUCACUACCAUCGUUACAUGGAAGAUAUUGAUAAAUUGGAGUAUCUUGGAGUAAAUGCUUAUCGAUUGUCAAUCUCAUGGUCCAGAAUUCUACCAAGAGGAAGGUUUGGUGACGUCAACCCAAAAGGAGUCUUGUUUUACAACAAUAUUAUUGACAAUAUGUUGCUUAAAGGAAUCGAGCCAUUUGUGACGAUGCAUCACUUUGAUAUACCACAAGAGCUUGAGGAUAGAUAUGGAGGUUGGCUCGAUCCUCAAAUGCAGGAAGAUUUUGUUCAUUUUGCGAAGAUAUGUUUUGAGAAGUUCGGUGAUAGAGUGAAGAAAUGGAUUACAAUAAAUGAGCCAAACAUAUACACUAUGUUUGCUUUUAUGGAGGGAACAUAUCCACCAAUGCGUUGUUCAAUUCCUUUCGGUAACUGUUCUGCUGGCAAUUCAGACCUCGAACCUUUAAUUGCUGCUCACAACAUGUUGAUAUCUCAUGCAAAGGCCGUUAAACUAUAUCGACAACAAUUUCAGCCUACGCAAGGUGGGUCCGUUGGCUUAGCGGUGAAUGCCUUCCAUUUUGAACCAUACACAGAUGAUGAAUUCAGCUACCAAGCAGUUGAAAGGUCCUAUGCCUUUAACUUCGCCUGGUUAUUCGAUCCCUUAAUACACGGAGAUUAUCCUCCCUUAAUGCGGAAAUAUGUUGGAAAUGACCUACCAAAGUUUAGUAAACAAGAAAAGAAAUUGUUGAAAGGAAGUGUGGAUUUUUUAGGCGUAAAUCAUUACACAACCUUUUAUGCAAUUGACUGUUUGAAUUCCGAUGAAUGUACCUUAACUGAAAAUCGCCCCGUCAAAGGUUUUGUUGGCAUAACAUCUACUCGGAAUGGUAUUCUAAUUGGAGACGAGACGGGCAUUCCAGUGUUUCAUGUAGUAUCCUAUGGAAUGGAGAAGCUUCUGAAUAAUUUGAGUAUAAGAUAUCCAAAUACGAGUAUUUAUAUCACUGAAAACGGAUACUCCCCGCCCAAUUACAAAGAAGGAUCAGAGAUGCUACAAGAUUUCAAAAGGAUAGAAUACCACAAAGCAUAUCUCGUAGCUGUGGCCAAGGCUAUGAGGAAAGGAGCAAAAGUAGAAGGGUAUUUUGCAUGGAGUUUCAUGGACAAUUAUGAAUGGGGGCAAGGCUACAAGGUCACUUUCGGACUCUAUUAUGUGGACCGGAACACUAUGAAACGAACACCAAGACUCUCUGCCAGAUGGUAUAAAGAUUUCAUCGCAAAUACUGAAAAAUCAUCCACUUAUUAGUACUCCCUGUAUAUAUAUACUCCGUACAUAUAUAUAUAUAUAUAUAUAUAUAUAUACUCCGUACUUGAUUCAUUUUUGUAAACUGAUAAAAUAAAAUGACGGAAAUUCAACUUUUUAUGAUAAGCUGAAUAUUUGUAUCUAAGGACGUUGUUGUUGCCAAGCUCUCUUUAUAAUACCCUCUGUUUUAUGAAUUUCUUCACAUAUAUUACCAUGCAACAUUUUGUUAGAUUUAUUAAUCAUGUAUUCCCUCACAUAGAGUAUUAUUGAAGUCUUAAGGUUAUGUUGAUUACUUUUGAAUAAUAUAUUGUAAUCAACUA